AUGUAUAUAUAUCAUGAAGGGCAAGCGAAGAAAACUGCCAACGAGAUUUGCUCUUUUCUUUUGGAUUACCUUAAGGAUGUUCCAAGAAAUAAUAUAAAUGAGAUCCAAUUAUACAGUGACAACUGCUGGGGACAAAAUAAGAAUCACACUUUGGUUCGCAUGCUUCUUGCACUGACAGAUAGUGGCCAGCUUUCCAAAAUCGUACACUAUUUUCCUAUAAGAGGUCACUCUUUCCUUCCCUUCGAUAGAGACUGCUAUUGUGAAGAGAAAACUAAAAAAACAUGA